CUGGAUUUGUUCUGAGGUCUUUUGUCUCUGAAGAGUGACCGUCGAGGACUUUGAACAUCCUAAUUCAAAAAUCUAUUUUUUUCUUCAAGUAAUGGACAUUUGAUUACUAUUUUUGCCUCCAGUUUGUUCCAGAAGGAAAAGCUAGUUUUUAGCUGCCACAACCCCGCCCAUAAAACCAGUUUUUCCAGCCAUAAGAUUGUUAACGUUAAAACAUGACGGUUAACGAUUUAAAACUGAUGUAACAAGAUAUCUGUUGCUGUAAAGCACAAUAUAAUAUAGUUACCCGAGACGCUGAGGAGAGGUAUUUAUAGUAAGUGUUGAUUUUCAAACCAAUCUGAACCUAACGUUAAAUUCAUUAAAUGAGAAAUCGUUUAGUCGCAGCUAGAUUUAGUCUAGGUCCGCUAGCUGGUCUCCGUACGGGGCUAGCGAGUUACUUGUAGCGAAAGCUAACGCGUUAGUUUAUGAGCUCACACAGGAAAGUGCGGAGUGGAAACGCUCCGUUUCUUUGUGUGUGAGACGGAUCAACAUAAACUGUAUAAAAAAUGUUUAAUUUAAGCAUAAGCAAUCUAUUCAUAAAGAUUGCCGUAGGUUAAGGGGAUAUUUUUCUCUGCUAAAUUGAUGAGAGAUCCUUGGAAUUUACACCUACCGCAAUCUAUACAUAAAGAUUGCUUAGAUUGAGGAUUACGGAUUUCACUGGAAAAAUUGGUCAUUUGUGGUUAUUGUUUUGUACGCAUGACAUUGUAUCGUCGAUAUCGUUAGAGCAGGAAAUUUCCCCAGGUGUCCGAUAUUUAUACGGCAAUCUGAGGAUAAAGAUUGCAGGAUGUAAAUGCUCAUUCGAAAUGUACAAGGCAGACUGGUUUCGUUGAAAGUACAUCAGGUCGUUGUAGUUUUGUCUUUUCAGAACACUCGAGGCAAUAAUGUGUGUUUUUCUGGAGCGACAGGAGUUGACUUCCCUGAAUAGCGGAACGAGUUUCGUCUCGAUGUAGCCGUUUUCGCCACCAUUUAGUUAUUUUGUAUAGCUAGUGAAUGAUCCUCCGGCGCUGCUAAUGUGAUAGUAGGCUAACUGUUGUGGCGGAUGUAGCUGGCAUACAUUGUUCUUUAUGUUCUCGAGACUGGCAGCUACGAAGCAGUUAACAAAAGAGGGCAGGGCCUAGAUGUAGUUUCGGUGGAUCACGGGUUAGUUCCGUCCUAACGUCACCCUCCCCCUAACCAGAACUGGUCAUUGAACAGGAUAUUUAUUCUAGUGCUAGGGUAGGAUCAUGAACAUUGUGUGGAUGAAUGAAAGGCAUAUACAAAUUCAUUAAGUUUAUUAUCUACAGGCUGUUCUUUACCAAUUUAUUUUAUCUUUUACCACAUAGAACAAAAGUUUUUAUUUAAUGGUGAUUGUCAACCAUGGAUAAGGACAUUGUUAUGUAAACAAAAAAUCACUGGUGUAGGCAGGGCUUUGAGCUAUUGUGACAGAAGUAUUUGUUACAUUCUAGCUAAAUGAUAACAGGUGUUACUGUUUUCAACUGCAUUGCUAUAUAUUUCAGUAAAUACACCAAAGCCAUUUUAUGUGUGUAUGAACAUUUAAUUUACUUGACAUCUAUUCCCCCAUUGAAUUGUUCUUUACUAAGCUCAUCUCUUCCCAAUAACUUCUUUCUAUUGACUUUGUGCGUGUGUAACAGUUGUGACAUUUUCAGGGGUUGUGUGUUAUGUCCCGUGUUGUGGAGUUCUGAGACUAUAUAAAACUUCUACUACAACAGUUAAACGGAGAUGGCGGUGGGCCCAGUGGACCCCAGAGAGGUCCUGAAGGGAGUAGAGAACCUUCUGGGGAAAGAUGGAGAGCUCCGCAGCCUGGAGGGAGUCACCAAAGUCUUCAGUCUCAUGAAGGCCUCUCACAAGAUGGUGAGCAGGUGUAUGUACCUGAACAUCCUACUACAAACCAAGUCCCACGACAUUCUCAACCGGUUUAUCCGAGUGGGAGGCUACAAGCUGCUGAAUACGUGGCUGACCUACUCCAAGACUAGCACCAACACCCCCCUGUUACAGCUCAUCCUGCUGACGCUGCAGAAACUGCCCCUCACUGUAGACCACCUGAAACAGAACAACACUGCCAAACUGGUCAAGCAGCUCAGCAAGACUGGAGAGACUGAGGAGCUGAGGAAGCUGUCCGCUGGGCUGGUGGAUGGCUGGAUGGCUACCAUCCGCUCCCAGAGUGUCUCCGCCACAUCUCCUGCAGAUAAGAAGCGGAAGAAGGAGGAGGGGAAAGUGCCAGUCCGAGAGGUGAAGCCAGCUGAUGGAGGGAAGGCAGCAGAGGAGGAGAGGAAGAGGGAGAAGCCCAAAGCUCACGCUCCCAGCCAUGCUAGGAUCCGCUCCAUAGGCCUGGAGAUGGAUGCUCCCACCCCUGUCCUGGUCAAGAAGCCCCCCGUGGCCCUUCAGCUGGGGGACAAGUACAAUAUCAAACCAGCCCAAGUCCUCAAGAGACCCAGUUUUGGUCCUCUGGACGCUCCCCCUGUGGAGAAGAAGUACAAACCACUCAACACCACUCCUAAUCAGACCAAGGAGAUCAAGGUGAAGAUCAUCCCAGCACAACCCCUUGAGGGUACAGGCUUCCUGGAUGCCCUAAACUCCGCCCCCGUGCCUGGCAUCAAAAUUAAGAAGAAGAAAGGGAAGGAAGGUAGAGACCCCAAGGCUGUCUCUCCCACGUCAAACAAGCCGUGUCCGUUCGAGGGUAAACUCCCCUACCUGUCGCCUCAGGGCAGUGCCAAACCGUUGUCCCCAGAGACCCAGACGGCCUCCACCACCCCUCCCCACGAGGUCCCAGUAGACCUGGAGCAGCCUGGGACGCCGGUCCCUGCUGACGACCCCGAGGCCAUGGACACGGGCAGCGAGAAGCCCAACGCCCUGGCGGAGCCCCGCGGCGAAGAGGACAGUCAGCUGACCAAGAAGGGCAAGAAGAAGAAGAGCGUGCGCUGGGCCGAGGAGGAGCAGCUCAAAGAGUACUUCUACUUCGACCUGGACGAGACCGAGAGAGUCAACGUCAACAAGGUCAAGGACUUUGGCGAGGCGGCGAAGCGCGAGAUGAUGAUGGACCGCCACACGUUUGAGAUGGCGAGACGCCUGUCCCACGACUCCAUGGAGGAGCGGGUACCCUGGAGCCUCCCGAGGCCCCUGGCCCUCACCGGCCCCCUGGUCAACGCCGGGGCCAACAGCACAGAGAGACUCACACAGAGGGACCGUGAGACUGGCAUCCUGCAGGAGAUUUUCCUUACCAAGGAGAGUGUUCCUGACAGCCCCCAUGAACCUGAGCCUGAUGCCUACGAACCCAUGCCUCCACGCCUCAUACCUUUGGAUGAGGACUCCACCAUGAUGGACGACAGCUACAUGGAGCCCAUGGACACGUUGUCCCAGCCUGGCUCUGGCGUGGGCCCCGGGGGGUUGGAGGCCUCCAAGCUGCCCCCCGUCCUCGCCAACCUCAUGGGGAACCUGGGGGCCAACAACCUGUUGAGCAACCUGGGUAACCUAGGCAACAUCACCCAGGCCACGCCUGGUACCCCCGCUGUCCCCUCCGUAAAUGUACAGGAGCUACUCACCUCCAUCAUGGGAGCUAGUGGUGGCCAGUCUACUGAGGACCUGAUCAAGCAGCCAGACUUCUCUGAAAAGAUCAAACAGCUGCUGGGCUCUCUACAGCAGACCCAGAACCAGGGGCCCCCCACCGGACCCCCGCCCGGAGUGAGCCAGGGCCUGUUGGGCCACGGUCCAGGCAUGAACAACCUGCCCAACAUGAACAACCUCAACAUGGGCAUGCCCAUGAACGGAGUGGGGUACCCUCCUGCAGGCAAGCCCCCGGGCCCCGGAGGACCCCACUACAACCACCCUCCGCCCCCACACAACCACGGACCCCCUGGCUUCAACGCUAACCCCCGUAUGAUGGGGCCCCCGCCGCCCCAGAGCCACGGAGGAGACAACGGCAACUACUGGGGGGACGACUCGAUGAGGGGGGGGCCACACCGGGGGGGACACUUCCACCGCGGCGGCCGAGGGAGAGGAGGGGAACAGGUGGGCUUCAGAGGGAGAGGACGUGGAGGACCUAGAGGAGGACACAACAACAUGGGAGACAUGUCCAAGAGGCCAGUGUGCCGCCAUUUCAUGAUGAAAGGAAACUGCCGUUACGAGAGCAACUGUGCUUUCUACCACCCCGGCGUCAACGGUCCUCCCCUGCCCCCCAACCACCCCGCCCAUAACCAGUACAACGACCACGGGCCGCAGCACGGGCACUAGACCACCCAACACACCACUGACACCAAUACGUGACAAUACCAUGUUAUCACCACUAGGUGGCAGAACUCUGAAUUAAUGAGCUGCUGGUUUGGUUUCACCACUGGGACAAAGGGUGCGGAGAGACAGAUAGCCCACCAGGCUAGAAAGACAUGGUGAAAGACAAGCCAAUAGAUAGUCAGAUAUGAGAGACAGACAAGGCAGUCCUGCUGCCUUAACAAUUGCUCUGCAUGGGUCUGGUGAUCUCAAUGUGAUGCUUCUGCAGGUCUGUUGAAGAAGCACUUCUGCUACUGUUCUCCUCCUGUGUGACUGGGACUUUAAUAUGAGGACUCCCCAGUAGCAGAGGAAGAUACUGAAUGUACAGGGCAGAAUCAGACAUGUCUCUACUACUUCCUUUUCUUCUCUCCACACACCAACCUAAGAUGUCCACCAAGAAAUGCUCAACUUCCUACAUCCAUUUGUUUGCCCUGCUCGCUUAAAGUCCCUCGAUCGGGGAUAGAGGACAUUGCUUGUACACCAGAAUACACACUCACUCAUGCCCCGGCUUUGUGAAGUAUAGGUACUGCUCUAGCUGUGAGGUGAUCAUUCAUAUGUAGAUGUUUUAUUGUGAUCAUUUUUAACACUGUUGGUUCAGGUUGAUGAUGUACAGUAACCACACACUAUGACUACUCUGGUUGCUGUCUGUCACUGUCCCAUGUAGCCUAUCAGCUAGCCCUGUCUUAUGCACUAAUCUCCUAUAUAUUUAUCUGAUACUGAUUUAUCAGCGCUGAGCUAAGAGGUGAGCAAUGAUCAAGGUAGAAAAUCAAUAGAAACAUCUCCAGGAUCUCCCCAGUAUUAAGUCAGACUUUAAGUAUUGAGUCAGACUUCUUUAAGCUAAAUGAUCCUUUCAUCAUUCUGCUCUGUAGUUGUGUAUGUCCCUAUUGGCCCACGUUCCUCAGACAGACAGGAUCUGUAGCCAACCAAUGAGUCUAAGCCUCGCCCUCUCUCCUGAAUGAAUGUUGCACUGUGUUCAACUGUGGUCACUGGAGUUUUCAAACUGUAGUCAGACGUGGCCAAAUGACAAUGCUCAGUACACCAUUUUAAAACCUAUUUACGGCCAAGUGCGCUUAAAGAAAAACAUGCCGCUCUUUCUACCGUAGGAUUUCAACAGAAAACAAGACCAUGAAUGUGAAGGUGACCAAAUAAUAAGAAUAUUGUUUUAUGAUAUUUGCAAAGUUCCCCAUAGGCAAGAGUUAUCAGUGAGGAAGUACUUUAAAAAGAAAUAUUGAGGCCAAAUCCAAGUUGUUUUCACCAGGCAUCCUGACUGACAGGACCUAACUGUAAUGUAUAAUGUCCCUCCAUCCCCACCACACUGCUUGUGCUAUGUUCUACUACUAUCUAGCUCUAAAAAAGAAAUUUCCACUCCAGAACAAAUGGAUGAAACGGUAUUGAGAAGAGAACAUUUAACAGAACCGCCCCUAGAUGAUUGGCCUACGCACUGAACGAACGCUGCCUGCAGGCUACGUUGGUUUCUACUGGUGGGCGUUCGUGGUCUGCAUGUCACAGGAAAAAGAACAACAGGGCCAAGUGUUGCUUGAUUUGACUGAGCCUUUUUACCAAGAAGGGUACAUAACAGUGAAUGAGGCUUUUCCUUCCUGAAGUUCAGGAAGCCUCUGAUUAUAUUUCAUCAGCUUUAUAACAUGUACCACCGAGCGUAUCUUGUCUUUCAUGUGACAUCAUGAUAAUGUCCCCUGUAUGCCCCGUGACAGAAACACAGAAACACAGUCCCUUAUUGGUGUUUUUUUCACACACACACAACUGUAUUGGCUUCAGUUGGGUGACGUGUGUUCAGUCAGUGUUCAAUGUCCAACGGGGUAAAACUAUGGAAUCAUUCUCUGGGUCAACUAAUUCAAAGUGUUUUCUGUGAAAACAGUGGCCUUCAUGUCUCUUGUGGGACUAGAAUUAUGUCGUGUUUUUGUUUGGAUUUAUUGUGUGUUUAUUUUGAUACGAUUGAGUUGGAUCUCCAAAAUGAGGUCCAUUUUUUUUUUGUUAGAAAUGUAUGUGUCUGUGAAUGCAUACACACGUUCAUACACAUAUAUACAUAUUAUGAGUAUUUUGUACAUGUCUUAAUAAAUGUUCUGAAAUGAA